AAGAAGGCAAUAGUCCGGACGAUAAGGAGUCUUAUUUUUAUGAAAACAAAUCAGUUUAAUAUCGUGAAACAUAACCAUUACAACGUAAAAAAAAAAGUCACCUCGUCUCUGCUAUUUUAUCCCAAGUCGGAAAAAGGAAACACCGCAUUCGGAAUGAGUCCCGUAGCCAUCGUAGUGCAGAUGAUACCGUGGGAAGUUCGAACGCGUGAGGGCACGCUUUUUCACCCCCCGGAGGAGUUACGCAUAAUAAGACACCGUCAAGUCGCCACGCGCGCACUUUCCGACGCGCAUGUCAACAGCGAGCUGGCAACCGGACCCGACACGUGGACACGCGCUUCCGCUCCACGACAGCCGCUACCAGCGAACCAGCCAGGUCAGCUUAACGCCAAAGCGGGUCAUUUGAAACAUAUUCCAGCCGAUGUUAGUUAGUUACGAUUCAGAGAUCAGGGAAUAAAGUAAGCUUUUUGUAAAAAGUA